AUGGCCGAAGUUACUCAAAGCAAAGAAAUUGAAAUACAAGAUGAAGCAUUAGAUCCCCACCACCAACAUCUUCAUGGUCAUUUCCAUCAUUCACAAGCAGCUCAAAAAAAGCCUGACAUUCAUGCUAACGCUCAUAUUCACCCUCGAAAAGAUUCUCUGCCAGUAGCCCCAAUAGAAGAAACAAACUACAUUUUGGGAAAUGAAAAAAACGAAGUUAGUUAUGAAGUGCAGUCAAAACCUGAAAACCUUUCAGGAACGGGAAGCAUAGAAAAUGGUGAUGUAUCACGGACCAAAAACCAAUAUAAAUGGAAGCUUCUUUAUAGGCGGUAUCUCUGGGUUGCUCAUUUGUUUUGGGGUAUAUUUUUUACAUCUUGGUGGAUAUCCAUAGUUGCACAAAAGAAGCAUAGACAUAUGUGGUUGAUUCCAACAAUUCUUUGGGUAUUAAUUAUUAUCCGACUUAUUACGUUUCAUACUCCAACACGAUAUUUAUUGAUAUGGGUAAACUGGAUUUGGCAAAGAACAAUAGUAAAAUUUAUAUCUUUCAUUCCAGAAAAAUAUCGUACUCUUGCGGCAGCUAUUGGAACUGUUGCAGUUAUUUUAGUUGGUACUUUUGUAACACCCGAACACCCUGAAUCGAAACGGAAAGAUCGAGCUAUAUCAUUUUUUGGAUGUCUUGUUGCAAUUUUUGCUCUAUGGGCUACUUCAAAAAACAGAAAAGCAAUUCAAUGGCACACAGUGAUUUCUGGAAUGCUAAUUCAAUUCAUUAUCGCUUUAUUUGUUUUGAGAACCAAAUGCGGCUAUGAUGUAUUCAACUUUAUUUCAUUUCUUGCUCGAAAACUUCUUAGUUUUGCUCGAGAUGGUGUUGCUUUCAUAACAACGACUGAAAUUUCGCAAUAUACCUAUUUCUUUUUUUCGGUAUUGCCUGCAAUAAUAUUUUUCAUUGCAUUCGUCCACAUUUUUUACUAUUGGGGAGUGAUUCAAUGGGCCAUUGGAAAAUUUGCUUAUUUUUUCUUUUGGUCUAUGAGAGUUUCUGGUGCGGAAGCAGUUGUGGCUGCAGCUUCACCCUUUAUUGGGCAAGGUGAAUCCGCUAUUUUGAUUAAACCUUUUAUUCCUCAUUUAACUAAAGCCGAAUUGCAUCAAGUAAUGACAUCAGGGUUUGCAACAAUUGCAGGUUCUGUAUUGGUUGCUUAUAUUUCAAUGGGUAUCAACCCUCAAGCAUUGAUAUCAUCAUGUGUAAUGUCAAUUCCAGCUUCUUUAGCUACAUCAAAACUUCGAUACCCUGAAACAGAAGAAUCAAUCACCUCCAGCAAAGUAGUAAUCCCAGAUGAUGAAGAAGAAGAAACCUAUAACGUCCUACAUGCAUUUGCAAAUGGCGCAAGUUUGGGUAUUAAAAUUGCUGGAUUAAUUAUGACAAAUUUAUUGUGUAUCAUUGCUUUGGUUGCUUUGAUAAAUGCCUUGUUAACUUGGUUCGCAGGUUUUUGGAAUAUUAACAAUCUUACAUUGGAAAUGAUUCUAGGCUACAUCCUUUAUCCGGUAGCUUUUCUUCUUGGUGCACCCAGAAAUGAACUUUAUAUGAUUGCAAAACUCAUUGGUGUGAAAUUAAUUCAAAAUGAAUUUGUUGGGUAUUCAAUGCUCCAAAGUGAUGCCUAUUCACACAUGUCAACACGUGGGCAAAUGCUUGCAACUUACGCAUUGUGUGGAUUUGCCAACCUUGGAUCAGUCGGAACAAAUAUUGCAGUUUUGGGAGCUCUAGCUCCAACAAGAACAGGUGAAAUUGCAAAGCUGGCUAUUUCGUCUCUUAUCACAGGUGCAAUUUCAACACUAUUAUCAGCAGCUGUGGCUGGAAUGGUACUAGCUGAUAUGACAGCUUUUCAAAAAACAGCUUCUUCAUCGUAA